CCGACAUCGUCUCUAAGAAAGGAAGGAUGUGCUGCUUUCUUAUCCCAAUGGCAUCCGUUUCCACUCUAGUAGUAACGCCAAUGGCGGCGAGGAAUCUCAACCCUAUCGCCACUGUUUCUUCUUCUUCUUCCUACUUCUCGUUUCCAAUUACUAGCGGUAAACUAAUCAAGGAAACAACUUAUUCCAUUGCCAUUCAAACACUUCAGAUUUUAAAGGAAAAUAAGAAGCGCAGCUCCUCCAAAUCGGCUCGGCAAUGGAGCCAGUGGCUCUCACGGAGCCUUCUUCUCGGUCACUCCUAUCAAUCUUUCUGUCUCCCGCCCAACUCCGCCGCCGAGGAGGCAUACGCUGAAGAUGAUAAUUUUGUGGUCGUCAAUUUCUAUCGGUUUGUUUUCAUUACAGAUCCAGUAGCGGAGGUCUCCAGACAUUUAUCUUUCUUGGAGGGUUUUGAUAUAUGCGGUCGGAUAUACGUGAAUGAACAAGGGAUCAAUGCGCAGUACAGUGGACCAAGAAAGGAUGCUGUUGCCUAUAUGAAAUGGCUAAGAGAAGACCAUAGAUUUUCUGAUGCGCUAUUUCAGAUUUCACGAACCUCAAAUGGCCAUGCAUUUCCCAAACUGAAGUUGCGUUAUAAGCCUUCACUUGUUCAGUUUGAAGGAGGGACAUCACAUCUUCCUAUAAUUGACGCUUCAAUGCGAGCUACACCUCUUACACCAUCAGAAUGGAGACAAAGAUUGGAAGAAGUAGAUAAAUCUGAUGCAGCCUCAAGGAGAAAGUCCGAUUCUAACAUUGUUCUCUUGGAUGUGAGAAAUGGUUAUGAAUGGGACAUUGGUCACUUUUGUGGGGCUAAACGACCUGAUGUAGACUGCUUCAGGAGCACUUCCUUUGGACUAACUCAGUUGGAGGAUAGUGCAUCUGAUCCUCUAGCCCAUGCUGAUAAAGAAGAAACUGAAGUACUUAUGUAUUGCACUGGAGGCAUCCGUUGUGAUGUAUACUCAACAAUCUUAAGACAAAGGGGAUUCAAAAAGUUGUACACAUUGAAAGGCGGUGUUUCCCAUUAUCUCAAGGAGGAGGGUCCUGCACACUGGUUUGGGAAUCUUUUUGUGUUUGAUUCCCGUCUUUCUUUGCCUCCUCCAGCCCAAACAUCAAAGAUUAUCAGUGAGGUAAAUGAAGUUCCACAGCUUCCAGACAGUACAUCAUUUUCUAGAUGUUCUGUUUGUAGCUCACAGCUUUCUGAACUGAGGCAUCGCAACUGUGCAAAUAUUGACUGCAACUUGCUUUUUCUAUGCUGCAGAGACUGUCAGGCCGAUUUGAAAGGAUGUUGUAGUAAGAAUUGCACAAAUGCAUCACGUCUUAGGCCUUUGCUUUCUGGUAACCAAAGAUACAAAAAGUGGCAUCACUAUCGGGAUCAAGAUUUCGAGAGAACUUAAUGGCCCAUCUCAAAUAUUAUAGCUAGUUGGAACUAGAAGAGGCUAUGUUUAGACUGCAUUUUGAACAUUAAAUCCUAUGUCUUUUUUUAGUACAACUUGUUUGUCAUUGACUCAUUGCUCACAUUGGCCUUAUUCAUUUUAUUAUUAUUCUCAA